AUGUCUCUCGACUUUGAGUCCACCCUGUCCCACUCUUCCUUCAUGGAGCCUAUGGAAAGCCCAUCAUUCCUCUUGGAUAGUUCAAUGGAUUAUCUUCAAUAUCCUACGACAACCCCACCUUCACCUCCCAGCUAUUCGUCUGCUUUGGGUUUAUCCAAUACCUCAAGCUCACCGAUGACUUUCCACACCGUACCCCUCUCCAGCUUGGGGGAGUACGGUUACGCUCCCGUUUCAUUCUCACCUCGUCCAUACACUCCAGCCGAUAACGCCAGUAUUUCGCCUCCUACUUUGACCUAUAGUCUGAGCAAUGCCGACGCGUCCUCCGACGAUCAGCACUCGGGCAGGCACAGCCGUGGGUCUAACCCAUCGCCCCCUCCAUCAGUACCCUACGCUGCUACUGUGCCCAGGUCGCAUCGCUUCAAUCCAAUUGGUGUCCCUCCUCCCACAAGGACCAGCGCUCGUACUGCUGCCACCAAGAGGCGAAAUAGCAAAACUGCCAAUGAAGACUCGGACGAUCCUGAGGAAGAAGAGUAUCAACAGUCUACAGGAAGUGUGGAUCCUCGUCGAGAGGCUGUUCGUAGACAACGCAUCGAGUCCGAACAAAAGCGUCGUGAUGAGUUGAGAGACGGUUACGCUCGUCUGAAAUCUACUUUGCCGUCGAUCAACCAAAAAUCGAGCAAAGUGACGUUAUUGGACCGUGCCGCUAGCCAUAUCAAGUACUUGGACGCUGUACGAAACCGACUCGAGACCCAGCUCAAGGCCGCAGACGACGAAGUCAGCAGGCUUCGUAAUGUCAACGAAGCUCUCAUGUUAGGGACCGCCAACCAGAGGCAUGCUGCUGCCGCCAUGGCAGCCGUCAAUGCUGGAAUGGUGCCGACAUCUUUCUAG